GAACUCAGUCUCUGUUCAACACAGAAAAGUCUUCAAAAAAGAGGCAAAAGAACAAGAGAAAAAUGUCUGCAGAAAAGACCCUUUGGCUUUUGCUAGCGAUUUUCUUGCUCAGUUUGGCCAUAACCUUUGCCUCUGACCCUGAUCCAGUUCAGGACUUCUGCAUACCAAACCCAAGAUUUGGUGCCAUCAAAACAGCACAUGCCAUGCACUACAUUCUCCCAUGCAAGAACUCAUCUGAGGCAACCACUGAAGACUUUGUCUUCUCUGGUUUAAGAGCCUCAAGGACAUUCUCAGACACAGGCCUGGCGGUGGUUUCAGCAAGCCCUACCAAUUUUCCCGGGCUGAACACUCUGGGCUUGUCUUUUGCACGUGCAGACAUAGAAGUUGGGGGCAUCAACCCACCACAUUUUCACCCUAGAGCCACAGAGCUGGUUCAUGUGGUGGAAGGAAAAGUGUACUCAGGUUUUGUUGAUUCAAGCAAUAGGGUGUUUGCUAGAGUACUUGAAAAAGGAGAGGUCAUGGUGCUCCCUAAAGGUCUGGUGCACUUCAUGAUGAAUGUUGGUGAUGAACCUGCUACUUUGUUUGGAUACUUCAACAGCCAAAACCCUGGUAUUCAGAAGAUACCAUCUGCUGUGUUUGGUUCAGGGAUUGAUAAGGAGCUUCUGCAGAAGGCUUUUGGACUCAGUUCUAAGCAGAUUGGGACCUUGAGGAAAAAGUUUGAUCCCAAGACUGCAAGGUAGAUAACUGCUAAACUUUGUCCAUUUCCUUUUAAGGUUUUUACUCAUAUUUUCUUGCUUUUUUUCUUUCUUUGGAAGAGUUUUCAACCCCUUCUCCCACUUUUUGUGUUGUAGUAUUAUAACACUUUAUAAGGUAAAGAAUAUGAAAUGCAGCUUGGUCA